UGCUGUCUGAGACAGCGAGUGUUUUGUCAAUUUUAGUGUCUGGCUGAAUUUCUUAUUAAAAAUUAGAAUUUAAAUAUUUACAAAUCUCUUGAUAAUCAGUUUAAUUCUAUUAUUAGUUAUGAGUGUUCCGGUCAAGAGAGAGAAGCAGGAAGGUGGAUUUGCAGAACUUCAAUUGACAACAAAUAACAUAAAACAGGAGCUAAUAACCUCAGAGGAAGCCCCAACUACUGCUCAGAUGGCGACAGUUGCCGUAGAUAGCAGCCAAGAACCAGCGCCAGAGUGCAGCACUGCAUUCGCUCCAACCGAUAAUGACUUCAGCCAACAACAUUAUUUAAUCCCUGGCUACAAUCUAAUAUUCAUCAAAGAAGAAGAUUCCCAAGAUGGAGAAGACAUUUCAGAAGAAGUUGACUUUGGCGCAGUGAAGAGUGAAGCAGAAAUGUGGCCUCCUAUCAGCGGCACUGCCAAUGCAACAGAAGUGGGUGGUUCGGAUGCACAUUUAAUCUCUCCAGUGGAAAAGUGCACUGAGCUAACAGUGGCUGGCAAAGAGACCAAGCUCUACAGCUGUGCCGACUGCAGCUAUAAAAGUCCAUGGAUUUAUGAUUUGAAGAGACACAUUAGAACACACACUGGGGAAAAACCAUUCAGUUGUAACUUCUGUGACUAUAAAUGUGCUACUUUAGGUAAUUUGAAGAGCCACAUCAGAACACACACUGGUGAAAAACCUUUUAGUUGUAAAUUUUGUGAUUUUAAAUGUGCCACUUCAGGCUAUAUGAACAUACAUAUCAGAACACAUACAGGUAAAAAACCAUUUAGUUGUAACUUUUGUAACUACAAAUGUGCUCAAUCAAGUGUUUUGAAGAUACACAUCAGAACACAUACUGGUGUAAAACCAUUCAGUUGCGAAUUCUGUGACUAUAAAUGUAGUCAGAAAUCUUACUUGAAAUUACAUCUCAGAUCACAUACAGAUGAAAAACCAUUCAGUUGCGAAUUUUGUGACUUUAAAUGUAAUCGGAAAUCUAAUUUGAAAUUUCAUAUCAGAACACAUACAGAUGAAAAACCAUUUAAUUGUAACUUUUGUAAAUACAAAUGUGCUCAAUCAAGUGAUUUGAAGAAACACAUCAGAACACAUACUGGUGUAAAACCAUUCAGUUGCGAAUUUUGUGACUAUAAAAGUAGUGAGAAAUCUAGUUUGAAAUUACAUCUCAGAACACAUACAGGUGAGAAACCAUUCAGUUGUAAGUUUUGUGACUACAAAUGUGCUUUUUCAAGUGCUUUGAAGAAACAUAUCAGAAGACACACUGGUGAAUAACCAUUCAGUUGUGACUUUUGUCAAAUGUGACCUUUCUUCAAAUGUGCUACUUUAAGCCAAUUGAAAGUACAUAUCAGAUCACAUACUGAUGAAAGACCUUUUAGUUGCGAAUUUUGUGACCAUAAAUGUUCUCAUUCAAAUGAUUUGAAGAAACACAUCUGACAACACACUGGGGGAAAGCCGGUGAAGAAAAAAUUUUGAGAUAUUUAUUUAUACAAUAUGAUAGUUUCCACUGAGUAUAACAAGACCCAUAGUGGGAAAAAACAAAGUAGCACUGUACAUGAAUGAAUAAACUAUAAAUUAAUGUAAAUCUAGAAUUAUGAUUUGAUAAACUAGAAUUAUGAAUUAUGUGACUUUUAGUGUGCUGAAUUAUGUACUUUGAAGGCACAUAAUAUUAGAGCCCAUACAGUUGAAAAGUAAUUGAAUAAGUAGUCUUAGUAGUUUUAUUGACAUUGUUUUGUUUCUCAGUCGAUCAAGAUUUGUGUGAUUGGUUUCAGAUUCUUGUGCGCUUAAUAAUUUAUUGUAACUUAAUUGAGUAAAUUCCAACUGAAUAGGAGAGCAAAAGUACAAUUGUAUGCAAGUUGAGUCUAUGUAUUUAAACAUCUACCAGAUUUACUUUUCUCCUUAUAUUAACUUAUCCAGAAAUAUAAAUUUGCAGAAAUCAAAGCAACAAGUUGGUGAGUUUCUAAUGCUUCAUCCUUAAAACUUGGUCUUGCAAGGAGCUCUCUCACUCUCAUUAAAGGAAAAGAAUAUUCAUGCCUCUUCAAUUGUAAAAUCGUAAAAUUCAAAGCAAUCUACACAUAAUAUUUUUCCAAAUUCAAAUUAUUUAUUUGCAAUUUCAUUCGUUUACAAUAUGAUUUACAACAUGUAAAGAAUUUCUGCAUUGUCACAAUAAUUCUACAUAAUUCAAUUAUAUGAAUCACAAAUUAGACACUAAAUCAUUUGAAUCACAUAAUAAGACACUAAAUAAGUUUAGUAACUAUUAUAAAACUACAUUUUUUUAUUUGAAUCCAAUCAAGCCUUGUGUGUAGAUAGGUUGGAGUUGGAUCGAAGGGAGGAAAGCGGUAAAAAAAUUAAAAUAAUCAAAAGUCAUUCAUCUAAAAACUCGCGAACCGAGUAAUAAGUUCUAUUUGUCAAAUACUUUGAGAUAUUCUUCUUGAAUUGAAAUUUGGAAUUAAAAACUUUCGUUUCGCUUAGAAAAUUGUAAGUAAAUGUAGUAUUUGUUUUCUAUGGGAGAACAUACGGUAGGCUACCUAAUAUUCUUCAAGACACCAAUGAGCCUCACAACUGUUAUAUGUCAGCUAAGUCCGCCAGUUUAUAGUGUUCUUGUGGAAUCAUGUUUAAUCUGAAUAGUCAUUAUCAGACUCACUGUCAUAAUUAUGUAAAGUGUUUAGUUGUAGAGUGCUAGUAAAUCGAUAAUUAUCCAAUCAAUCUCACAACACAGAAAGAUUGUCUUGUUGGGAGAUUCAUACACGAAUCAAGGUUCAUCUGAUAUAUAAAAUCAAUGUUAGCUCAUUGAAUUUGAGCAUUGAGUAAUUGUCAUGUGUUCAGUUAUGAAUCUAUUUCUAUUAAAUCACUUGACAAUGUUUGGAAAAUUACAAAUGUUUUCUGGAUGCUGACUGUUUCACUGUUGCCAUGUUUAUUUGAACUUGAAAACUACAAAAUUCUCACCCACUGACUCAAUUAUCUAUCAUCUUUCUCAAUUGAAAGUCAUUGCUAUACAAUUUUCAUUGCAAUGUUUAUUUAUUUCCAUGACUGAGUUCAGUAUUAGUGUGAAGUAGAUGGAAAGUGUAAGCUACCUGCAAUAUUGACAAUGUAAUCCCUAGUACAACAAUUGAUAUAAUUGUCUAGAAAAUGUGUGGAAACGAUGCUAUAGUGUGUUCCAUGUUAUAAUGGCAGUGGAUAAAGAUAGAAGAAUAGCGAUGCCGAUUCUCUGCAUUAAAAGUCCUAACUCCACCUAAUAAAGAUUUUUUUCAUUUUCAUUAAUUAAUUAUAUUUCUACACUGUCAAAAACAUAAUUGUCAUCGUUGUGGACCUAGAAAAAAAUAGUACCACCGGCUUUGUCAAAUGAUACACAAGGAUAGCAAAACCAAAGUUGAUCAAAUACUGUCAUUAUAACGUGGACCUCACUAUAGAUUCAUUCUUUUUUCUCUGAGAAGUAGUUUUAAUGAGAAUAAUAAUUUUAUUGAUUCAUUCAUAUGAUUCAUUUGAAAUCAUUUAAUAAUCCAUUCAUUGAUUGUGUUGACAAAUUAAUAUUAUUAAUCAUCCGAGAAAUGUUCUUCUUUAUCUCGUGGAAAAUAUUAUAAAAUAUUAAACAGUCUAUUGUGAGAUAUCCUUGCUUAGUCGUUUUGUCGAUUAUUUAUUGCUGUAUAUAGGUGUGUAUCUAUUGCACUGUGUACUCGUACUUCUUACUCAUUUUGUUGCUUCAUUGGCAGGUAUCAGUCCUCUGACAUUCAUUUGUUAGUUUUAUUCAUUUUUUGUAACAUUUUAUUUUCAUUUUAGAAUCUUUUCAUUUCUAUAUUCCGUUUUAUGAUAUUUUCUUGUAUACAUCUAUUUUUUCCUUCUCUUGUAUUUCUUUAGUUUUUUAUUUUAACAAUAUUGCAAUUGUAAGUUACAUUGCUCUUUGUAUUUUGAUUUUAUAAUAAUUUUGUAUUGUUGUAUUUGUGUAGGAGACACAUUAGGGGUAACCUGUUGUCUCCAUAAAUAAAUAAAUUUAAUUUAUUUGUACUAGUUUAUUCAACAACAAAACGUCAA